CGAUGACUUUAUGUGUACAAUCUACCACUCUGGGUUGCCCGAAAAUGUUGGCUUCCAAUCAAUAUCCAGACCCUAUGGCAUGCCAACUAUAUCCAAACUAGUUCGAACAACUAAAAGGAUAAGAAGGUCUUCAUACCAUGAUGUGAUAAGGGUGUCAAAGAUACAAAAAUACCUAGACAUAAUUGGAGUUCAAACAUAUGUUAUCAAUAGUGCUAAGGUUGUUUUCAUCAACGAAAGGUCACAGUCAAGGCCAGGAAAGGGUGUCAUCAAAACCUGUGAAGUCUAUGAGUGUAGCCUUGUCAACAAAUCCAAAUUUUUCUCUCUCGGUUGCAAGAUAGUUGGCACUUCAAUGGAUUUCAAGAAGAAAAAGAGGCAAAUGGGAAUGGCAUCAGAUUUAGAGGAUUCAUACAGCAGUAGUAGCAACCAUUGAAAUUACCUCAAGAAUAGUAACAACAACAAAAUCCAAAGCUUUAGCCCAUCAACACCCCCACCAAUAUCGGUUAAUUACCAAACUACUAAAUGAAGAAAAAGGAUUCCGCAUAAAGCCCUAAUGGUAGGUCUAAUUAUAGAAUAUUAAGCCAUACUAUUUAACUAUUAUUGCCCCACAUAUACAAAGGUAAUUAUCUUGUAUAUAGAAGCAACAAUGGUGAACAAGAAGGGCAAGAGAGAAAAUGAGAGAAAAAAAUUUGUUAAAUAGAUGACGUCAUUUAUGACGUCGUGCACUUAUGUGGCAUGCCACAUGGGCUAUUAUGUUGACCUACAGUUUGAUUAACGGUCAACAUGAGUUGAUCGUUAAAACUGGGUUGAUUUCUUAAAAAUCAUAAUAUUGAGGGUGUCAAUCAAAAAAUAAAAAGGUCAAGGGUACAAAACUGAAAGCCCCCAAACAUUGAGGGUUUUUUUGCAAUUAUGCCUUCUAAUUUCUACCACAAAAUUCAAAAUUUGUGUAAUUUAGUCCCUAUUGCAAAAAAUC